AUGGAACAGGUAUUGGAGCUAGGAAUAGUGGUGCACUCGAUAGUCAUAGGACUAUCAGUAGGAGCCACUAACAAUACUUGCACCAUCAAAGGUCUAGUCGCUGCACUUUGCUUCCACCAAAUGUUCGAAGGCAUGGGUCUCGGCGGUUGCAUCCUCCAGGCGGAGUACGGAUGGGUUAAAAAGGCGGUGAUGGCUUUCUUUUUCGCGGUGACGACGCCUUUUGGAGUGGCUCUAGGGAUGGCACUAUCUAAAACAUACAAAGAGAAUAGCCCUGACUCGCUUAUAACAGUUGGGUUGCUCAACGCUUCCUCGGCUGGAUUACUCAUCUACAUGGCUUUAGUAGACCUUCUAGCUGCCGAUUUUAUGGGUAAAAAAAUGCAGAGGAGCAUCAAGCUUCAACUAAAGUCAUAUGCCGCCGUUUUGCUUGGUGCUGGUGGCAUGUCCGUCAUGGCCAAGUGGGCUUAAUGAUGUUUUAAGUUAAAGAGUGGAGAUUACAAAUAGAUGUAUUGACUUUUUUUCUAUCUUUUGCACAUCAAAUAAUGGCCACAUAUAUCUUGUGUAAUAGCUAAUAAAUGUAAA